AUUUAUCCUAAAGGCAUCCCAUUACAGCAACUAAGCCAAGGUUCAGUGCUCAGAGCAGCAGUAUAUAAAUCCAGGAGGCACUUGUCUUUCCUGACACAGUUUGUCUUCUGUUUAGGUAGCUGCUACCCUCUAUCUCUCAUCUCUUCCUCUGUCUCACACACAUACGCACAAAUUAUCUGUUUCAUUCUUUCUCUGUCCUGGCUCUCCUGAAUACUUCAUGCAGACUGAAUGAAUCAUUUCCCCUGUUGACAAUAAAAUAAAAGGAAAUAUUUACUAGUCUGAUGAAAGCUGUCUCCUAAACACUAGGAUUACUUAAAUAAAUGGUCACAGCAUCCACAGGUUAAGAUUCUGUAUACCCUCAGUGAAACCAAAGCCAAGGUUUUCCUUUUCUGAAGUUCUCUAGAUUUGUAUCAUCACUGCUAAUAGAAAGAGACAUCUGUCAGCAUGGGGUUCCAGACCCACAUUCUGAUUUAUUUAUUAAUAGCAGUUUUAGUAGCAGAGACUCAUGGAGGUACAAUCAAAAAACUCAUCAGGCAACGAGAAAGCGUGCAACCCAGUGAAGGCAGCGCAACCAUGUUGGCAGGAGAACAGCCUGUAGUCUAUAAUCAUGUGUAUAACAUUAAGCUGCCCAUGGGGUCGUUGUGCUCCGUUGACCUAGAUGCUCCGCAGAAUCCAGAAGUGAAGCCUGUCCUUGAGUCUGGUAGUCAGCAAACAGAGCACACUAUUGAUGAAGAAAACCAGAUUGUGUUUACACACAAGAUAAAUAUCCCUCGUCAGGCCUGUGGAUGUGCAUCUGCGCCAGAUAUCAAACAACUGCUAGCGAGACUGGAGGAACUGGAAAGCCAGGUUUCAACUCUGCGGGAACAAUGUGGCAAUGGUGAAGGAUGCUGUGGAAAUUGCCAAGGAACAGGAAUAAUUUCUGUGGUACCCUAUUGCAAUGGAAAAGGAAACUACAGUUCAGAAACUGGCUGUGUAUGUGAACCUGGCUGGAGAGGUCCCAACUGCACUGAGCUGGAUUGCAUAGGAAACUGCAAUAAUCGUGGGAAAUGCAUUGAUGGAAAAUGUGUUUGUGAUGAAGGGUUUGCUGGUGAGGACUGCAGUGAAAUUCUUUGUCUCAAUGACUGUAGUGACCAGGGCAGGUGUGUCAAUGGCAUUUGCAUCUGCUUUGAGGGGUUCUCUGGUGAUGACUGCAGUAUUGAAGUCUGUCCCAUUGACUGUGGUGAACAUGGACAAUGUAUAAAUGGUGAAUGUGUUUGCCAUGAAGGCUACAUUGGCGACGAUUGCAGUGAAACCUUAUGCCCCAAUAAUUGCAACAAUCGAGGUCGCUGCAUAGAAAAUGAAUGUGUCUGCGAUGAAGGUUUCACUGGAGAAGAUUGCAGUGAGCUCAUUUGUCCUAACGAUUGCUAUGAUCGUGGACGCUGUGUGAAUGGAACCUGCUACUGUGAAGAAGGUUUUACUGGUGAGGACUGUGGGCAAUUAGCCUGUCCCAACAACUGUAAUAACCAUGGCAGAUGUGUAAAUGGCCAGUGUGUCUGCAAUGAAGGGUUCAUGGGACUAGACUGCAGUGAAUUAUCCUGCUUGAACAACUGCCAUAAUCGUGGUCGUUGUGUCAACGGCCAGUGCAUCUGUGAUGAAGGCUAUAUUGGUGAUGACUGUGGAGAAUUAGCCUGCCUGAACAACUGCCAUAACAGAGGACGCUGUGUCAAUGGCCAGUGUAUUUGUGAUGAAGGUUUUACUGGUUUAGACUGUGGUGAACUAAGAUGCCCCAAUGAUUGCCUUGGUAGAGGCCGCUGUGUCAAUGGACAGUGUGAGUGUGAUGAAGGUUACACUGGUGAGGAUUGCAGUGAAUUAACAUGCCCAAACAACUGCAUGAAUAGAGGCCGCUGCAUUAAUGGACAGUGCAUCUGUGAUGAAGGCUACACUGGAGAAGGCUGCAGUGAGCUGACCUGUCCCAAUAAUUGUCUGAAUAGAGGCCGCUGUGUCAAUGGGCAGUGCGUUUGUGAUGAAGGCUACACUGGUGAAGACUGCAGUGAGUUGACCUGCCCCAAUAACUGUCUGAAUAGAGGCCGCUGUGUCAAUGGGCAGUGCGUUUGUGAUGAAGGCUACACUGGUGAAGACUGCAGUGAGUUGACCUGCCCCAAUAACUGUCUGAAUAGAGGCCGCUGUGUCAAUGGGCACUGCGUUUGUGAUGAAGGCUACACUGGUGAAGACUGCAGUGAGUUGACCUGCCCCAAUAACUGUCUGAAUAGAGGCCGCUGUGUCAACGGGCAGUGUGUCUGUGAUGAAGGUUACACUGGAGAAGACUGCAGUGAACUCACCUGUCCCAAUAACUGUCUGAAUAGAGGUCGAUGUGUUAAUGGUCAGUGUGUCUGUGAUGAAGGCUAUACUGGUGAAGACUGCAGUGAACUGACCUGCCCUGAUAACUGUCUAAACAGAGGCCGCUGUGUAAAUGGGCAGUGCAUCUGUGAUGAAGGAUACACUGGUGACAACUGUGGUGAGCUAACAUGUCCUAACAACUGCAAUAAUCGUGGACGCUGUGUCAAUGGACAGUGCAUCUGUGAUGCUGACUUCAUAGGUGAAGACUGUGGUGAACUUAGAUGCCCUAAUGACUGCAGUCUUCAAGGACAAUGUGUCAAUGGCCAGUGCAUCUGUGAUGAAGGUUUUGUUGGAGAAGACUGCUCAGAAGUGUCUCCACCUAAAAACCUGCUAGUUACAGAUGUAACUGACAAAACUAUAAACCUGGAGUGGACCAAUGAAAGAAAAGUUACUGAGUAUCUCAUUACAUAUGUCCCUACUGCACCGGGUGGUCUGGAACUGGAUUUCAGGGUUCCAGGUGAUCAGACCACAGCUCUAGUACAAGAACUAGAACCUGGCAUUGAGUACUUCAUUAGAGUUUUUGCCAUCCUUAAGAACAAAAAGAGCAUCCCUGUCAGUGCAAGGGUAGCCACACAUCUCCCCACACCAGAUGGCUUAAGGUUUAAGACCAUCAGAGAUACGGCUGUGCAGGUGGAGUGGGAUCCUUUAGAUGCUAUUUUUGAGGCCUGGGAAAUUAAGUUCAAGAAUACCGAAGACAAUGAGGAUACCACCAGCAGUCUGACACGUCCAGAAACCACUUACUUGCAGACUGGCCUCAUUCCUGGUCACGAAUAUGAAGUUUCUCUCCAGGUUGUAAAGAACAAUACACGUGGUCCUGCAGUGAAGAAGACAGUUACUACCAUGCUUGAUGCUCCAAGCCAGGUGGGUAUAAGAGAUAUUACAGACAGCACAGCUUUUGUGACAUGGUUCAAACCGGUGGCUGACAUUGAUGGCAUCAAACUGACAUAUGGACCUCAUGCUGACAGCAGUGACAGGACCACAGUGGAUGUUUCUCCUGAUAACAACCAGCAGUCUCUUGGAAAUCUGAAACCAGACACAGAAUAUGAAGUUACCCUAAUUUCUACACGUGGAGAUAUGAGAAGUGUUCCCGUGACUACAACUUUCACUACAGAGCUUGACACACCCAAAAAUCUGAAGAAAGUAUCUCAAACAGAUUUGACUAUAACUCUGGAAUGGAAGAACAGCCGAGCUAACGUUGACAGCUACCGAGUCAGAUAUGCUCCACUCUCUAAAGCAGAUCAUUCUGAGAUUAUUGUGCCAAGGAGUAAUCAGGCUACCACUAAAGUUACUCUCGUUGGUCUAAGGCCUGGCACAGAAUAUGGAAUUGGUGUCACUGCAAUAAAAGGUGAACGUGAGAGUGUUCCAGCUACUAUUAAUGCUGCUACAGAUAUUGACAGUCCUAAAGAUUUGAAGGUCACAGAAGCAAAGGACUCCUCCCUGGCUUUGAAAUGGAAGAAACCUGUGGCCAAGAUCGAUUUGUAUCAUCUUAUCUAUGUCACUGCUGCUGGCAAGAAGGCUGAAGUUGAAGUCCCAGCUGAUGCUGAAACCUAUGUCUUAAGUGGACUGGAUGCUGGAAUUGAGUAUACCAUCAACUUAAUCGCAGAAAGGGGUCGACAGAAGAGUAAGCCCGCUACCAUCACUGCUUCUACUGCCCUUUUAGCUACCCCAAAGACUGAAGCAAUAAAAAGUGAUGCAACUUCUCUGGAAAAAACUACAGGAAUGGCAGAAACAACUUCAGUGGCGACAUUCGUAGUCACAUCACAAAAUAAUGUCGGAACAGUUAAUACCACUUUAGAGUAUGAUAUGAUGUCACUCACAGUUUCAUCACUUCUGACGACACAAAAUGGAGAAGUAAAAACAGAUGCAUCUCCAGUGGCUACUAAUGUAACAACAGCUGCAACUAUUUCACCAUUUGUGUCUUCUGCUGUGUGGCAAAGUGAACUAAACAAUCUGUCUGUCACAGAGCUGACAUUCCACAGCUGUAAGAUUCUGUGGGCAGCACAAAAUGGGACUUUUGAUAGUUUUAAUGUUGUAAUCAGAGACAUGGCUCUAUUGCAAAUGCCAAAGGAAAUUUCUAUAACCGGAGAUGUUCGAAGUGUUGAAGUGUCUGCACUUACUGCUAACACGCUAUUUGAGAUAGACCUUUAUGGCAUUAUUGAUGGAAGAAAUGUGACGUCUCAGCAUUUGGAACUCAGGACAGAGUCAGAACCUGAGCUGAAAAACCUAACGGUAUCAGAUAUAAAAUGGGAGAGCUUUAGUCUUUACUGGACCACAGAUGAUACCUACCAGAAUUUUGUUAUUCAGGUCCAAGAGUCUGACAGGCUGGUGGAGCCUCUGGAAUUUGUAAUAUCUGGUGAUGUUCGCACUUUUGAGGUUACUGGUUUGAAUGCUUCAUCCACUUAUAAUGUCACCUUACAAGGGGUAAUUAAUGAUUAUUACACACAUCCACUGUUUGCUGAAGCUAGCACAGCUGAAGAAGGAGAAAUUGAUACUCUAGUUGUUUCAGACAUUACGUCGGAAAGCUUCAAUCUGUCAUGGACAGCUACAGAGGGAUACUUUGAAAACUUUAUUUUAGAAAUUAUUGAUUCCAACAGGUUACUGGAGCCUGUGGAAUACAACAUUUCUGGUAGUUUCAAUUCUUUUCAUAUCUCAGGGCUCUUGCCUAGCACUGAUUACAUUGCCUACCUCCAUGGAGUAACACAUGGGAAUCGUCACCCGGCUGUUAGCACUGUUGCCACAACAGCACAUGCACCUGAGCUUGGCAAUUUAGUGAUCUCAAACAUUACCUCGUAUAGCCUAUCCUUGAACUGGGAAGCACAACACAUGUUUGAUGACUUCAUAGUAGAAGUCAGAGAUUCUAAUGGGUUGCUGGAUCAGCUGGAGUAUAUAGUACCAGGCACGUUAAGGAGUACCGACCUCAAAAAUCUAAGUGCAGGAACUGAUUACUACAUCUCUCUGUAUGGUGUUUCCACUGGGCAGCGCUCACAGACAUUAUCCGCUGUAACUACAACAGAAGCAGUGCCUCGAUUUGGUGAUUUAGAAGCUUCAGCUAUUACCCCAGAGAGCUUCAUAUUGUCUUGGGAAGUAAAACAUGAAGCUUUUGAAAACAUAAUUGUACGUAUUAGAGACACUAACCAUGUAUAUGACAUGAAGGAAUACCAACUACCUGGACAUGUGACUACCAUUAAUGUCACAGGACUCACUGAUGGUACAGAAUAUAAAAUUAACGUGUCUGGCACAACGUGGGGUGGGCAGCAUUCAGAACCCAUAGCAACAGUUGUAUCAACAGAAAAAAUGCCCAAACUGGAAAACCUAACAGUUUCAGACAUACACCCAUAUGGCUUCACAGUGUCCUGGAUGGCUCUAGAGAAGGAUUUUGAUGAGUUUGUAGUAGCCGUUGUAGACUCUGGCAGAUUGCUAGCCCCACAGAUCUAUACAGUUUCAGGAGCCCAGCAGAUACUCAAAGUUACAGGCUUGAUAACAGGGAUUGGUUAUGAAAUUAAACUCACUGGCAUUGUCACGGGGCAUCACACAAAACCUUUAACUGCGCAUGCUAUAACAGAAGCAGAGCCAGAAGUGGAAAGCCUUCUAGUUUCAGAUAUUACCUCAGACAGUUUCUUGUUAUCCUGGACUACUGAUGAUGGUAUCUUCGACAGCUUUGUUAUUAAAAUUAGAGAUUCUAAUAAAGAAUUUGACCCACUGGAAUUAACAGUAUCAGGCGAACAUCGUACCAAACUUAUUACAGGGCUUAAAGCUGAUACUGAGUAUGAAAUUGAUCUUUAUGGUGUAGCUAAUGGACGACGUUCACAACCUUUCAGUGCCGCAGUUUCAACAGUUGUUGGCUCUCCAAAAGGUCUUGUCUUCUCUGGUAUCACUGACAGUAGUGUAACGGCAAGCUGGACUCCACCAAAAAUACAGGUCAACAGCUAUAGGGUCAUCUAUGUUCCAAGACGUGGAGGAACACCUAACACUGAAACAAUUGAUGGAAGCAAGUCACAGGUUACACUUCUGAACUUGACACCAGACACAGAAUAUGAAGUCCGUGUCAUCGCUAUUAAAGGAUUUGAAGAAAGCGAACCGGUAUCAGGAUUCACAACAACAUCUAUUGACGCACCAUCGGGACUUCAGGCAGUGAAUGUGACAGAUUCUGAAGCUUUGCUUCUCUGGCAACCAGCAGUUGCAAGCGUUGACGAGUAUGUUAUUGAAUACAGCGCUCGAAAUGCUCCCACAGUGACUAGAAGGGUUUCAGGCAACAAUGUGGAGUUCCAGCCAACUAAUCUCUUGCCAACAACAAAAUAUCUUGUGAGAAUAUAUGCUGUGAAAGGUGUACAACGCAGUCCAACCAUCUCCACCAGCUUUGAGACAGGUCUAGAUGCACCUAAAGAUUUGGCUGCUAGCAACAUCCAGUUGGAGACUGCGUUUCUCACAUGGAAGGCACCCAGAGGGUCCAUCACAGGAUAUUUCCUGGUGUUCGAGUCAGCUGAUGCAACUGUGAAGGAAGUUAUUCUGGGACCUGGUGUUCUGUCCUACGACAUGAAGGAGUUGAAAGCAUCGACUCAGUACACAGUUAAACUGCAGGCUAUUAAUGGUAAUAUAAGGAGCAAGAUCAUAGAGACCAUCUUCACAACAAUUGGCCUUCUCUAUCCAUUCCCCAAGGACUGCUCCCAGGCUCUGCUGAAUGGUGACACCACAUCUGGUCUCUACACUAUUUAUCUCAAUGGGGAGGAAUCUAACCCUGUUCAAGUUUACUGCGACAUGGAAUCUGAUGGUGGUGGAUGGAUUGUAUUCCUCAGGCGCAAGAAUGGGAAAGAAAAUUUCUACAGGAACUGGAAGACCUAUACUGCUGGGUUUGGUGAUCCAAACGAGGAGUUCUUUAUUGGACUUGAUAACCUGAAUAAGAUAACCAGCCAAAGCCAAUAUGAACUUCGUGUUGAUUUACGUGAUGGAGAUGAAACAGCUUAUGCCUUGUAUGAUGCAUUCAAUGUUGCUGAAAGCAGAACUCGCUUUAAGUUGACUGUAGGCACAUACAGUGGAAAUGCAGGUGACUCUCUGUCAUAUCACCAAGGACGCCCAUUCUCAACAUAUGAUCGAGACAAUGAUAUUGCUGUAACCAACUGUGCUCUCUCAUACAAAGGUGCCUUCUGGUACAGGAAUUGUCAUAGAGUGAAUCUUAUGGGACAGUAUGGUGUAGAUCGCCACAGUGAGGGUGUGAACUGGUUCCACUGGAAGGGGCAUGAACAUUCAAUCUCAUUUGCUGAAAUGAAGCUCAGACCGGCACAAUUCAGAAAUUUAGAAGGCAGAAUAAGAAGAAGUUAAGACAAAGAGAAUUACCAAAGCUUUCACUAGUGGUCGGUACGACCACAUUUUCUUUCAAAGAGCUUGCGAAUAAAAUCUCAUCAGCGUGAUGGCAUGCUAUUAACUCAGAAGGCUCUCAAAAAUCUUUUUAACUUUCAAACCAAAGAUAACUCUGAAGUGUUUAAAAGCAGCAGCUACAACUCUGCAUACAUACGUCCGCAGGGGAUAGUUGGGUUUUAUGUCAGUAUUUUGUCUUAAGUCAUGCAAUCUUAAACAAUUAAUGACAUUCAAAUGCAACAAGUAUUGAAGUGUUUCUAAUAAGCCCAUUUUUAAGAAGUGCAUAUGGGCUGUGCUCUGUUUUAAUUCUCGUCAAAGCACAAUGUCAAACGGAAGCUAGAACUUUUAAGUAUAGGUGGUCUUUUGAAGUAAACGGUGGUGUUGUAAAAAGUGUUCAGUAAGCAAUAAUAAACCAAAUGUGUUCUGGAAAACAACAUUUGUUUUCAUAAAUAAUAUAGAAAUAUUUAGGAGUAAUAUGUACAGUUGCUGUUGAAUCUGUUUUGUUAACCUAUACCUAUAAUAAAAAAGGGAACAUUUUCUGUCUGAUUUUCAGCAUUAGGACAACUGUCAGUUCAAACUGUAUAUCUGGAUCUGAAUCUUUCUAAUGUUUAAUAUUAUUUUAAAUGUCAAACUCAAAAUGUUUUUGAUCAGUAAACACCGGUUAUUAUUUAGAAGAUACCAAAACCACUGACUAGAAUGGAUACCUGUGUAAAUUAAUAAUUAAUAAUCCUACCUGAAGGAUGACCUUUAUGUAGAUUCUGUGUACUCGUUUUAAUAAAAAAAAUGUUUUGUUUUA